AUGCGGCGGUGGAUUACAGAGCCUACUCGCAGGUUUGCUCUGACAAUUGAGCUGCGGCGAUGCUCAACUGCAACAAAGGACAAUGAAAGUUUGCGCCCCUCAAGGUCGAGUGGCAAAAAAGGGACAGUUUCCUUUGGUAUCGACCAGAGCAAGUUGGAUCUUGCGCUCAACCUCCAUGAAAUUGACUUUGACACGGUGGUGAAGGCUACAAGGGAGGCCUUGGCGAAGGAACGAGCGCGAAAAGAUACGGUGUUUGGGGAUGGUAUGAAUAUAAAGGAUUUGAUUCCAGAAGGGGAGAAGGAGUCCCCUUCCGCCGCCACAUCAUUGUCGCCCGCAUCGAGUGCAAGUGCUGCCGGUCCUUCUGCUCCGGCUACAGAUGAAAAUGUUAGAGAUGACUCUUCUAAACGAAUGGAGCGUCAAAUGUUUCGUGGAAUUGUGGGUGCCAGAGAUGCUCACACCACGAACUCGUUUGCCGUUGUGAGGAAACAAAGUAAGGCCGAAGGUGCUCGUUACGGACUCAUGGAUGCCUUGCGUGACUGUCUCUUGGCCGGAAAUUGGGUAAAAGCAAUGCAUCUUUUUGAAUCAGCUGUAGAGACCAGUUGUAAAGCUGUACAAAACUCUUUUUCUGCUACUAUCGUUACCGAAACUGAAGAGACAGAGAGGCUUGAGACACUGCGUCGCAUUAACGCCACGACGCCUCCACGCUCCGAUUCUACCGGCUCAUCCAUGCAUCCUGGGGUACUACGGUGGAGUGGUGGUCAUUUCUAUCUACUGUUGAAGUUGUUGCUUAGUAAACAUCGUGUGGCGGAGGCUGAAAGAGUGUGGGAUGUGAUGAAGCGCAUUGGGUUUGUUGAAAUUCACAUGGAUGCACGGACUCUAAAUCAAUGCAUGAAACUGGCUCGCAAUACUACAUUACCAGACAUCGUUUCCCCUCUUAAAGAGAGCAAUAGGCAUACGGAGGAUCGAAUAAAAACAUUUCGCACAACAUUUUUACUGGAAUUGGAAGAAUUAGCCAAAAAGAAGGAACUUUCGUUGGAUGGACGCAACAAAGAAUUGACUCGUGCGGCUCGUCUAGCUGAAUUGGUGAAAAAUGGUCGCGAAAGGGUAGAGGAUAAGGGCGAGGUUGUUCCGUUGAAUGAGGGGGGUCUUAAAGUGGGCGACUUUAGUGGUCUUUUGCGGCGAUGUAAUUCAGAGGAAUCAACCGCACGGGUGCUUCAGAUGAUGGACAAAUUACAAAUGCCACGUGGAGGAGAAAUUUUUGGCGCACUUAUUGCCGCUCUACGGCAGCCUCAUUAUAUCUUGACUCCCCAUGACAAGACAGGUACUGUUGUUGGAACAAAGGAGGAAUAUGAUGCUCACCGAAAACAAAGGUUUGAACGUGCCUGCCAGUGGUUUGAACAAUGCCCUGAAGAGGAGCGUUCGGCUGUUGUCUACAAUGAAAUGCUUCAAAUUGCCCGUGGGGACGAAAAGGCAGAUGAGAAAUUUCAAAAUGUGCUUCUUGAAUUCCGUGGAGCACCGUUGGCGCUAGCAAAUGCCCCUACAGAAGGAGAAAUUAAAGACACAAAUAAUACAGACGGGGAACAAGGAAAAAAAAAAAAGCAAGUGAAACUGCUGCCGCCACACUGGCGGGUUUCUCCCAAUGGACGCACGUACGAGAUUCUAAUUUUUCGCUGCAAAUACCUGCAGGAGUGGCAGCUUUUAUGGGCAUUGUAUGAUGAGGCUAUGGAGCGACGUGUCAAAGGGACACAAAGAUUAUAUCAAACGCUGCUGGAAGUUGCGAAGUACCACCCACCACAAGGUUGUGAUUCAAACGCCGUGAUAAUGGAGCUUUACGAAGAAAUGAAAGGACGUGGUAUAGACGUUACAGGUAUAAAGGGUACGGUGAGUGUGCUCAACGCGUGGUGUGCCACCCGGCGUAGGCGGCGAUGGUGA